GCCGCCACAAAGUGCGUCUGACACAGCGGGCACGACCACACAGACGCCACGAGCAUCGCUGACGUCGCUGGUAGACAGAUCUGCUGGAAUCUCGACACAUAUGCUGAUGAUAUGCAUCUGGCCGAUGCGCUUGCCGUGCUUGCAGGGAGGGAGCGUGCAGACGCACGAAGAAUGGAGAGAUCUACCUUCCCGCCAGCUCACGAGCAUCGCUGACACCGUUGGUACGCAGAUUUGCUUCACGCGCUGCGAAUGUGAUCGGGGUGUGUGUGUGUGUGUGAUUGCGUUGUACUGCAGGCCGAGAUGUCGCAGCCAUCGCCCCGAGUCUUGACGCUCGACGAAGCAGGCAACCAGCUCAUCGAGACGGAGCGACAGCUCAAGAACGAAAGAUGGCGUGCGACCAUGGAUAUGCGGCUCACGGCUCUCGAGCACCAGCACCAGAUGGAAGGGCUACAAGUACAGCUGGCAGCCCGCGACGCAUCACUGGCAGAGAAGGACAAGCAGCUCCUCAGUGCCCAGGCGGCCGCCAAGGCCGUACAGCAAUCGACGUCUGUGGGUGCGGGCCUGCUAUCUGUCGCUGUCCAUGUGCUGCUGGCCGUGGCGCUCAUCGGUGUGGUGGCUGUGUCCAUGGGAUGGUGGGAGGCUGCUGAGGGCCUCGUGUGCGCCAAGCGAGAGGCGGCUAUCGAUGACAAGCUCAGAGCGCUUCUGACGGAGAAGGACAAGCAGCUGACCGAAGCGAGAGAGGCUCACGAGAGGCGACUGGCCGACAGGACGGGCGAGAUUGUGGCACUGAAAGGGCAGCUCGCAGACCGGGAGGCGGCCAUCGAAACACUCCAACAGAAGGUGGAUGGACCCAUCACGCACAUGCCUUGGUCUUCUACACCCCCAGCCCCUACGUAUGUAUGUAUGUAUGUGUCGGCAGAGCCUCUCGCUCGAUGUGACUCCCCUCUCGCUCGGGUCAGCAGAGGGCGAGUUAGGCACUUUCAUGCGCAUCGUGGCAAGAAACACGACCAUCCCCAUCAAGAAAUCGAGAAUCCACAUGACUGUCGUCGACAACCAGGCAAUGGUGAAAGGCGAGAGACGGUGUGAAACCCACGCCCAGCUCUGUAUGUGCAUCUCUCUCAUCGAUUGUAGAUACUCUUCAAAGUAUACGAGGGCGAGAAGCCGAUGGCUGAGGACAACCAUCUGCUUGGCGAGUUGCUCUUCACCGGCAUCCCCCGCGCCCCCAAAGGCAAGGGCAGGGUCGAGCUGACCUUCGAGAUUGACGCCAACGGUAUCCUGACCAUCGUUGCAACGGAGGAAUCCACCGGACACACACAGGUUGGUCGCCUAAGAAGACAGCACCACAAAGCAUCCGUGACAUAUCCGUUAUAUCAGAGCAUCACGAUUGUGUCGAGUGCGGUCAAGACCCUGGUCGACAUCAAAAGAAUGGUGCGGCAAAGCGAAUGAGCAGAUGUUCAUGUGUAUGUCUGUCGAGCUGCUCAUUCGUCUCGUGAAUGACGAGUGAGAGUUGCAUGCCUGCAUCCUUUUUAUGCAUUUAUUGGUGCCUUCCAUUGGCCGUAUAUUACGAUUGCCAUGGCGUACGGACGUAAGUGAGGGUAGGUGGGUGCGUGGGGCUGUCGUUUCUAUCUGUAAAGUAAUUUUGUCGUCAUGUGUGUGAAGUGUUUUCUGUGCUUGCUGCGUGUUUUGUGGACAAGGACAGCCGACCGGCUGUGGAUGUGCUUCUGCAAGGGACCGGAUGUCAAGUGCACGUGUGUAUCCAUGUGUCCAAAUGCCCAGUCG